CCGAGACAGCUCGCGCCCACACCUUCCGGACCGUCCACACCUCGCAGACAUGGAGCCGGAGGAACUGAAACACGCGGCAGUCCCGGAGCUCUGCCAGCUUUAGCCGGACGCCACACCGCUCUCGUGUUUUCGGCGGGUGUCCGAACAUCCGUUUGUAGUAGCAGCCGGGGAGGCAGGCGGGCGGGCGGCAGCAGCAGAGACCCCCCUCAGUCGUGACACCAGAGGCCGCUUCAGGAUAACGAGCCGCAGCACCGGGCGCCUCUUGUUCCACCCUCCAUCAUGGCGAGUGACUCUCCGGCCAGGAGUCUGGAUGAGAUCGACCUGUCCGCUUUGAGGGAUCCUGCAGGCAUCUUCGAGUUGGUGGAGCUUGUCGGAAAUGGCACGUACGGGCAGGUGUACAAGGGUCGCCAUGUCAAGACGGGGCAGCUGGCAGCCAUCAAAGUCAUGGAUGUCACCGGGGACGAGGAAGAGGAGAUCAAAGCUGAAAUCAACAUGCUGAAGAAGUACAGCCAUCAUCGCAACAUUGCUACCUACUAUGGAGCGUUCAUCAAGAAAAAUCCUCCGGGCAUUGAUGAUCAGCUUUGGCUGGUCAUGGAGUUCUGUGGCGCGGGGUCAGUGACAGACUUGAUCAAGAACACCAAGGGCAACUCGCUGAAGGAGGAGUGGACUGCUUACAUCUGCCGAGAGAUUCUCAGGGGUCUGACUCAUCUCCAUCAGCACAAGGUCAUCCACCGAGAUAUCAAGGGACAGAACGUCCUGCUGACUGAGAACGCUGAGGUCAAACUGGUGGACUUUGGGGUGUCGGCCCAGUUGGACCGGACUGUCGGAAGGAGAAACACAUUCAUCGGCACGCCCUAUUGGAUGGCGCCUGAAGUCAUUGCCUGCGAUGAGAAUCCUGAUGCCACUUAUGACUUUAAGAGUGACUUGUGGUCGUUGGGGAUCACUGCAAUAGAAAUGGCAGAAGGAGCUCCACCUCUCUGCGACAUGCAUCCAAUGAGAGCUCUCUUCCUCAUCCCACGCAACCCGGCCCCCAGACUCAAGUCAAAGAAAUGGUCAAAGAAGUUCCAGUCGUUCAUAGACAGCUGUCUGAUAAAGAGCCACAGUCAGAGACCCAGCACUGAGCAGCUCCUCAAACACCCCUUCAUCAGGGACCUGCCCAAUGAGAGGCAGGUCCGAAUCCAGUUGAAGGACCAUAUCGAUCGCACAAAGAAGAAGCGAGGAGAGAGAGAUGAAACUGAGUACGAGUACAGUGGAAGUGAGGAGGAGGAUGAAGAAAGAGACAUGGGAGAACCAAGCUCUAUCAUCAACAUCCCUGGGGAGUCCACCCUGAGGCGGGACUUCCUGCGCCUCCAGCUGGCCAAUAAGGAGCGUUCAGAGGCGCAACGCCGGCAGCAACUGGAGCAACAGCAGAACGAGGAGCACAAGCGCCUGUUGUUGGCCGAGAGACAGAAACGCAUCGAGGAGCAGAAGGAGCAAAGACGGCGCCUGGAGGAGCAGCAAUUACGAGAGCGCGAACUCAGGAAGCAGCAUGAGCGGGAACAGAGGCGGCGCUACGAGGAAAUGGAACAGCUCCGUAGAGAGGAGGAGAGACGGCAUGCGGAGAGAGAGCAGGAGUAUAUCCGUAGACAGCUGGAGGAGGAACAGCGGCAGUUAGAGAUUCUCCAGCAGCAGCUACUGCAGGAGCAGGCGUUACUGCUGGAAUACAAACGUAAACAGAUUGAGGAGCAGCGGCAGGCGGAGCGGCUCCAGAGGCAGCUGCAGCAGGAGCGAGCCUACCUGGUGUCUCUACAACAACAGCAGCAGCAGCAGCAGCAGGAGGGAAGACAGGCGGAGAAGAAACCACUGUACCACUACAAAGAUGUCAUCAAUCCUAAUGACAAACCUGCUUGGGCUAAAGAGGUCCAGAAGCAGCAGCAUGGUAACCUGCCCCGCCCCCACCUCCGCCAUCACCAGUCAUUCAACCAACCACCCUCAUCCUCAGCCUCCCAUGGCCAACCCAGAGCUCAUGCUCCUAGGCGCACCCCAUCCCACGCUACCAAGCUCCUCUCCUCUCACAUCCCACAGAUCUGUAGGGCUGUGGACCUUGGAGAAGCCUUAGAUCCAGGCUUGAAGCAGGAAAUAAGUCAGCAGGUUAGAGAGUUCAGGGCCAAGAAACUGAGUCAGAAAGGGCGCAUUCCAGUGGCUGUCGUGGAUCAGGCUCCGAGCCAGGGCCCCAGUAAACCACAGAAAGAAUCCUCCAGCCAGGCAGCAGUUGUCCAGUCUAAUCCGGGGGCCAAGCCGAAUCCAGUGGUGCCCCACAGUCAGAAAGAGAUCUCAAAGAGCAGACCUCUCUCUGCGCCCGUACCAGGGGCCAGCCAGAUAAAAGCUCUCCAAACUCCUGCGGGGCAGGAUCAGGAACCUAAGAUUGCUGUCAACCUUCCUGCCAAAGUGGUGGAGGAGCGCUCUAAGUUGAACAGACAGAGCUCUCCGGCACUCCAGCAAAAAGUUUCCAACCGCAUCUCCGACCCCUCCCUCCCUCCCCGCUCAGAGUCCUUCAGCAGUGGAGGCAUGCAGCCCGCCCGAACCCCACCCACCCAUCCGAUUGAAUCACAGAUGGCCCACCUGGUACCAGUGAAGACUCACUCCAGCUCAAUGUCUGGGUCUCAGUCCCUGCAGGACCAGGCAGGCUCAUCGAUGAUCGAGGGGGUCUCAGUGGGCUCCCCGCGUCCUGAUAUACCCCGGCAAAACUCUGAUCCCACAUCUGACAACCAGGGCCUCCAACAGGGCUUAGCUGGCAGGGAGGAGCGUGAUCGGGAACGAGACAAGGACAAGGACCGGGACCGGACUGCCUGGCUAAGAGAGGAAGACCUCCCGCCGAAGGUCCCGCAGAGAACCACCUCAAUCUCCCCGGCCAUGGGCAGGAAAAACUCCCCCAAUGGAGGAGUGGGCCCACGCACUGGGUCUCAACUCAUUCGUUCAAGCAACCCAGACCUGCGUCGCUCUGAGCUGUCCCUGGAUGCCAUGCUGCAGAGAACCUCCUCCAACUCUUCCUCUUCCUCCUCACCAUCAUCUCAGGGAGGGUCGUCUGAAAGGAGAGGUCAGACAAAGCAGGGAUCUCCUCUCGGAGCCAAUCAGGAGGUGAAGUCCAAGCAGGAGGAGGGACGAGAGUCGACUAGACCCAGCAGACCUGCAAGCUAUAAGAAAGCCAUAGAUGAGGACCUCAGUGCACUGGCCAAGGAGCUGCGCGAGUUAAGAGUGGAGGAAGGCAGCAGGCCUCCCGUCAAGGUGACGGACUACUCGUCCUCCAGUGAAGAAUCAGAGAGCAGCGAUGAAGAUGGAGAGACUGUGGGUCAUGAUGGCACUGUGGCUGUCAGCGACAUCCCCCGCAUCAUGCCGGCAGUGCAGGGCAGCUCGGAGUCGUAUGGAGGGCUGACUGAAGAAUCCCUGGAUGAUGCCUACAACAACUCCAAAGAUGGCACCCUGGUCAUGAGAGAGGCGGAGGAGAGGCGUAGAGGCGACCACAUCGAGAGCAAUGGCUUCGGUAACCAUGGCAACCUUCCAGACUUGGUGCAGCAGAGCAACUCUCCGUCAGCCACCCCGACAGCGCUGCAGAAACUGGGCGACAUGUCCGAGUUUGGUCUGGGGGGAACCAAAGCUUCCUUCACGCCCUUCGUGGACCCGCGGGUCUAUCAAACGUCACCCAGCGGUAAUGAGGACGAGGACUCUGCUGCAGCCAUGUUUGCCAACGAGCUUCUGAGGCAGGAGCAGGCGCGACUGAGCGAAGCCAGGAAGAUCUCUGUGGUCAACGUGAACCCCACCAACAUCAGACCUCACACCGACACGCCCGAGAUCCGGAAGUACAAAAAGCGCUUCAACUCUGAGAUCCUGUGUGCUGCUCUCUGGGGGGUGAACCUGCUGGUGGGGACGGAGAACGGUCUGAUGCUCCUCGACCGCAGCGGACAGGGCAAAGUCUAUAACCUGAUCACUCGCCGGCGAUUUCUACAAAUGGACGUCCUGGAGGGACUGAAUGUCCUGGUCACUAUCUCUGGAAAGAAGAACAAACUGCGGGUCUAUUACUUGUCAUGGCUGCGGAACAGAAUCCUGCACAACGACCCAGAAGUAGAGAAGAAGCAGGGCUGGAUCACAGUCGGGGACCUGGAGGGAUGCGUCCAUUACAAAGUUGUCAAAUAUGAAAGGAUCAAGUUCUUGGUCAUCGCUCUCAAGAACUCUGUGGAAAUCUAUGCAUGGGCCCCCAAACCUUAUCACAAGUUCAUGGCUUUCAAGUCCUUCACGGAGCUUCAGCACCGCCCACAGCUGGUGGACCUCACAGUGGAGGAGGGCCAGAGGUUAAAGGUCAUCUACGGCUCCAGCGUUGGCUUCCAUGUCAUCGAUGUGGACUCCGGCAACCCCUACGACAUCUACAUCCCUUCACAUAUCCAGAGCCAGGUCACGCCCCAUGCCAUCGUGGUGCUCCCCAAGACGGACGGGAUGGAGAUGCUGCUGUGCUACGAGGACGAGGGCGUCUACGUCAACACCUACGGGCGAAUUACCAAGGACGUGGUGCUGCAGUGGGGGGAGAUGCCCACCUCUGUCGCCUACAUCCAUUCCAAUCAAAUCAUGGGCUGGGGGGAGAAAGCCAUAGAAAUCCGCUCGGUGGAGACGGGUCACCUGGAUGGAGUGUUCAUGCACAAGAGAGCCCAGCGACUAAAGUUCCUCUGCGAGCGAAACGACAAGGUCUUCUUUGCCUCGGUGCGUUCGGGGGGUAGCAGUCAAGUCUUCUUCAUGACCCUCAACAGAAACUCUAUGAUGAACUGGUGAUGUCCGGACUGCCCCACCCGGCACCCGGCACCAGGUCCCGGGCCGUGACAACCAUCGCCACAUCCAGACCGAAGAGAGACGACGAGGGAGGGGAAAUCAGCCAUCGGCGCCAAGCCAGCUUCCUUCAGACGUCAGCUGUGAUAGUCGUAACACGACCUCUGACUUUCCUCGUGGUUUUCCCUCUCGCCUCCUCUUUCUCUGCCUUUCCAACACACCUUUAACACACCUGCUGAUAUGAAGCAACAGUAGAACCUUUUCACUUACUUAGGACGGGGUUCUGACUGAAAAACUAAUGUUUUCCUUGUGAGAUAAUCCGUCUACUGAAUUCCUUAAAACAGAGGUGCCCAGCAUUUAACUGAUCUUUUCCCAACUUUACCACAUGAAAUGCCCCGUUUCUGAGUUCAAAGAUGGUCCACAACAAGGAGGGACGACAAUGAGUUGAAUCAAAAGUUCAUUUGUUGGAUUAGGAUUUUUGUUCAGAGGCCAAAAUAAAAUCGAUUCAAUUAUUUAUUUAUACAUAAUGAUAGUUCACGCAUCUUGAUAUCCAGGAGACAUUUUCUCAGCCAACAUAUGAUCAAUAUCAUCAAUUUAAAUAUUUAUUUGACCAUUUCUGUGGCAAAUUUUCAAGUAAAAAACGUUUUUUGUCUUAUAUUUUUCAUUCAAUCAUUUGGUUUACAGCAAAUUUCUCAGUUAAUUUUUUGUAUGGUCUUUGUUAAUAUUCAGAAAAAAAUCAUUAUAGACCUAGCAAGUUCAGAAAUAAAACAUUUUUUGUUAAGGAAAAUGACCCUGAAACAGAUGGGAUUCCUUCUCUGACCCAGACAAAGAUCCGGGUAUCAUAGAAUCAUCUGUGUGUUCUGGACUCGUCCGCGCACUCGGACCUCCCACUCUCUCUCUCUUUCUCUCACUCAGUCAUCACUGAUGGUGCUGCAACAACUUAACUGUUCUGGGGGUGUGUGUCAGUAGAAGUGUCUGUGUGUCGGCUUCUUUUCUUCUGUCUUUGACUGUACAAAGUGUGUGUCUGUGCGCACUGUGUGUGUGUGUCUGUCUCGACCAACUCAUGGCAAGUGUAGAGUCUGACUGGAGUCAGAGCCAGAGGUGUGAUCCUGGAGCCUUCAGCUCCUUUAAAUCCUCCGAUCUGAAGGUGCAGAUUAUUCGCCGCUGAUUUCAUUUCUUCAAGUUUUAUAUGUCGAUUAUGAAAGGAUGUGCUCAAGGUCAAUGAUGAAUUAAAAGCGAAAGACUGUGGGUCACAGUCAAGCGACAAGAUCUUCCCCGGACUGCGUCUCCUUUCCUCCUCGCCGGCCUCAACCACACAGUACAUUUGAGCUGUAAAGCCACCUGUCACUCGCCACCAAAGUGAUGGUCGAACCCACGAAGAGCAAUAUCAACCGAUUCUUUCUGUCAGUCGGCGGCGUCCUCUCUGCAAAAAAAAAAAAAAUCUUCAGAAGGUAAAAAAAAAAACGCACAUGCAGCCUGAGCAUUUAGUCGUCAUGGAAACGCAGGCCAACAUGGUAGCAAUAAAGAGCCAAGCUGUACCACCACUGUCUUCCUGUGUGUGUGUGUGUGUGUGUGUGUGUGUGUGUCAAACAAGCCAGUGUAGAUCGAACUCACGUCCCCCCGACAUGAUACUCACCCCUCCUCCCGCACCCGCCCCCCUCGUGGUCAUUCACACUGAAGAUGAAGAAACACUGUAUUCAUGAUUCUGUUUUUUGUUUUUUUUCUUUCCGCGUCUUUAGUUUGGGAGAAGCGUUACUAAAUGUCCUGUUUUGGGAUUGUUUUGUAAAAAAGAUGCUGUACAAGAGAAAUAAAUGAAACUA